GAAACAUGUCUGCAGAUAGGCGGCACAUCUCUCUCAAUGUUACGAUGCGCAUUCUUGAGAAGAGCUCUAAGGAACCCACGACAUCAUUAUCAACAAGGCCUUCAGUAUCGUCAAAGUGAAUAUUGGCCUCAAGUACAUCCAGCACGAUGGUUGGGCUUCUUGCCGCUUGCGACGAAUGAUGAGAUAGCUGGCAAAGAUCCAGCAUCCAACAUUGGAGACAAGACUGGAAACGUCACUGAUCCCGGACAGUCUAAUGGGUCGGACACAACAUUGCGCCUUGCGAAACUUGAUGUGAAUUCGACUUCGAGCUUCUCGACAAUCUCACCAACUACGACCCAGAGCUGCACAGAAACACAGGAGCCUGAGACGGAACAUUUCGACGGAGGCCGACGCCGUGACCGAACAUUCUUUUCGGCAUCUCUCUUCGAUGGAACGAUAAUGUUCCUCUGGGACGGUCUGAUCGAUCUCAAUGGGUUCAAAGACUUAGUCAUGAUCGUCGAUGGAUUAUGGAGAAAGGAUUCUCGGGAUAUGUCCUCACGAUUGCCUGCGCAGAACAUUGGACUUGGUAUCCGGGAAGGGAAAUUUCGUGAUGGUUUCCUCUCGGUCAAUGUGUGGGACAUUGGUGUUGGCACCGGCACACGGCCGCGCUUGAUAUACGAAUUAAUCGUACCUGACGAACAUUCGCCUUGUAGAGCCAAUGCCUGGGUACUUCGAUGCUUCAUACCAGACACAAAGACUUACUCCUGGAGAAAGGGAACUGGAGCAGGUCUCUUCAGAGCUUUAAAGAACUAUGUGGGCGCUGUGGACCAUGCCAGCUCUUUGAAUCUGUUCGACCCUUCUAUCAUUCAUCCUCUAGCUCACAAGAUGGAAAGAUUUGAGCAGCAGUUUGGACUUCGUGAGUGCACAACGAGGCCGCCUAAUCCAAUGUCGUUCGAUCUGGCUACACACACCAUUGUCAGUCCAAGUUCUGUCAUGGUGAUGACCCUCGAAGGGUUCCUGACAAAGGCCACAGUACUUUGGCAGUGGUGGCAACGAAUAGACAGCCAUUCUCUCCUCGCUCCUGACAACAGCGAUGCUAUGACUUUUGUUCAAAUAAGGCAAGUGGACACCAGCAACGACUCCUUUUUGGUCGACGUUUGGAGGAUGAGUUUUGCUCCGGACAAAAGCCUCUCCAAAAGCGUCCAUAAAAUCCUCGUCUCGAACGACGGUUCCUUUGGAACAUCACAGGUAGAGAUGUCGGAAGUCAUGUUCAGCGCCCGUAGCAAGCAAGACCAACCACUACGGGAAUACUUGAAAUCGUGUCUCAAAAACCACGUCGGGUUCAUGGAUGGGGCAGAAAAUGUGGUACAGCAAAGUCAAUCAAAGACUCAUCCGCUCCUUCUCAAGCUUAAUCGUCACAAAGACUUCUCAUCGAGGAUGCUACCGCCAAAAGAGGCUCGUCAUACAAAACCACGAGCAAAAUCCGAAUCCGAUAACUCCCAGCUUGUCACGGAUACUACAAAGAGCAAGAACUACGCCGAUGUCGUGUCGAUGAACGAAGAGCAAAUUCAGCCUCCCCUAAGCAAGAGGGGCCCAGAGAUUGCCGACACACCUGCCACUUUGGAGGAAGAUCCUAGCACCCACGUAUCGGCGACACUGUACGAUGGAACACUUGUUGUUCCAUCCAGCGCACUCUGUUUUGGAAUGUCACAAGGAAAGACCCUGAGUUUCGAUAAUUUCUUGCGAAUUAUUUCUCAGUGGUGGCCACGAGCACGCGAUAAUAUGGUUCCCGAGUUGCGAAGCAAACCGUAUUUGGUUUACAUUCGUGGUAGAACAGCUGUAAGUUUCUUUCAGAUCAAACUCUUCAGCAGAGAUGAUCAAUGGUGUGAUCAGACAAUCAUCAGCUAUGAGCUACACCAUUCCCAACACACUUCAGACUAUUCAUUUAUCAGUCAUGAAAUUCUGGACAUCCAAAUCAUGGGAACUAAAAAGUUUUCGCGAGAGUGGAAGACGAUCAGAAGGCCUCUCGCUUACUUUCUGGAAAACUAUAUCGGAACUGUGGAUGAGACAGACGUGGGGUCCAACGGAUAUCAAAGCAAAGGCAAGCUCAGCUCAGCUCAUCAAGAUAACGAUGACGAGCUUCUCUUAUCGCAAGUUGAGCAAAAGCCUGCCGGAGAUUUGUCCAAAAAGACAGAAGACUUCGUCGACUCGAAUCCGCCAGAACCAUCUCGCAAACAAACUUCCCUCAGUAACGUCAAACCUCGAACUGUCGCCUCGAAUCCGGACUCAAGUAAAGACUCACGCAAAGAUCCAGCGACAAAGGAAAAGUCGUGGGUACUUCGGUCAAUCUUUGCGGAGAAUCCCAAGUACAAACCGACCAAAGCAUCACAUGUCGCGUCAAGCUUAAGAUCCAAGCCUACACCACGCGCAGAUGUCAGAGAUAAGAGACAGAGAAAGCAUUACAAGCACCGGAGUGAAUCUGGAGGCAACGAUGGAGAUGAUGGAGACGAUGGGUUUUCCUUGUUUGCUCUCUAG